AUGGCGGUGCCCAGCGCCUUCCUCGCACCAGUUUUCCUCCUCCUCUGUGGGCUGGGGCCCUACCUUGCUGCUGCCCACAGCCCCCCAGGGGUGGAGUGUGUCCUCUUCAACGAGGAGUACAUGACCUGCAUGUGGGGGAGUAGAGAGAUGCUCACGACCAACUACUCCCUCUACUACUGGUAUGAGAACAAGCCCCCCGUGGUGGAGUGCAAGCACUACCUGCAGGACCGGGGCAUCAGCAUCGGCUGCCGCUUCCACCAGAGUGAGAUCAUCCAGUUCCAGGCUUUCCAUGUUCUCGUCAAUGCCAGCCUUGGUGGCAGGACCCUGGAGAUCCGCAGUGAGCACAUGGAACUGCAGGACCUGGUGAAACCGGACGCGCCUGUCAACCUGACCAUCCGCAACAUGAGCAACAACCAGCUGCAGCUGACCUGGACCUCCCCGUACCCCAAAGCCCAUUGCCUGGAGCAUGCUGUCAAGUACAAGAGCAACAAGGACACCAGCUGGACGGUGCACCCGGUGAAAGGAGACGUCUUCUCCUUCCCCAGCGUAGAUUAUGAGAAGUACUACACCUUCUAUGUGCGCAGCAAGAUCAACAUCUACUGUGGCAGCACCCAGCUCUGGAGUGAGUGGAGUGUCCCCGUGGUCUGGGGCAGCAACUCUACCAGCAAGGGCGCAGUGGAGGAGCAGCCGCACUGGUUCUGGAUCCACACAGUCUUGAUACCCAUUGCCUCCUGCCUGCUCUUACUGGUCCUCAUCAUCCUGCUAGUGCGCAUGGAAAGGGUGUGGGUCCUCCUCAUGCCCCGAAUCCCCAACCCCAGCAAGAAUUUUGAUGAGCUCUUCAUCACCCACAAGGGCAACUUCCAGGAAUGGGCUGGAGUCCCCAAAGAUGUCAUGGAGAGCUUCAAGCCCAACUACAGCGAGAACAUCUGCUACGUGAGUGAGCUGCCCCCCAAGGAGAGCUACGAGCCCCUCAGGGAGGGCAGCAACCAUCCACUGUCACUGAUGUCCAGGGCCCCAGCUGCCCCCCGCAAGCCCAGCCCCUACAAGAACAGCUUCGUGGGAGUGUGA